CUGAUACCGUACCGGGAGCAGGCGGACGUGCAAGCGGCGACAGAGCUCAAGGAGCGCAUCGUAAAACGACUACACGGGCGCAAGCUGGGACGAUGGAACCUCACCUGCACGCUCUACCUCCACUCGGCCGCUGGCAGCCUCUUGGCACCAGACGGGUCGGUGAUGGCGCAGGAGCAGCUCUACCUGCUCAAGGAGGACAGUCUCUCGCAGAAGGAUGGUGACAAGACAGCAGGCAAGUGUUGCCUGAUGGCACAGAACACCAUCAUCGAAGCCGGCCUGGAGAUGGAGCAAAUCCUCGAGAAGAUCAAGCUCUACAAUCCACGACAGACCGUUACCAUCCGCGGCAUGCAAUACGAGGUGGGCGACUUUGUGGUGAAGGUGGGCUCCAUCAUGCUCGGCGACACGACGCGAGGCGUCAUCCUCGAGGUCGAGUACCGGCCGUGCAUGAUCCCCAACGGGUGCUCACAGAUCCUGCAGAGCUUCAUCGGCAACCUUGGACCCUUUAACGCGCCCUUCUCCGCCAACGUGAACUACGGCGGGGUGACACUCCCGCGACUGUACUCGGCGCAACAUACGGCGUUGCAGUACGUGAGAUUGUUCCAGGGCCUCAAGUACUUCAAGGCCCACCACUGA